AUGUCCCGCGCCUCGUCGAUCUCUCGCUCCGGUUCCAGGCGCAAUUCGCCAGAACUCCAGAACCUAGCUGCAUUUCGAAGCAAUGGUACAUCGGCUUCGAAGCGCUAUUCCGCCGGGGAUAGCUCCGACGACGAAGUUCCAGAGCCCAAGUUCAGUGCUUCGGUGAAGGCGCUUCUCGACGAAGACGGCCUGGAGACUUCCCCACGUCUCCAGAACGGCGGUCAAGGACAUCGCUACUCGAGCGAGCGUGCAGGAUCUGCCGCGACAAGUCAAGAAAGGCGAUCCCGCACAGCGUCUCCCCUUGAUCAAUCAAAUGGGAGCCCGGCACCCCGAGUCGUACGCAUCGCACCCGCUUUGGCCCCCAGCGCCAGAUCUCGAAGGGAAGGGUCGCUCUUGUCGAACGCCGAGAACGCAGAAGAAGUCGAGCCUGAACCAAGAACCCAAUCGGAGGACUUCAUUACGCCGGCUCCCAGACAUCGCAGUGUGCGCAUCAACGGGUCGCGUAGCCAAACACGGUCCCCGGCAUCGAUAUCGCCGUCCCAAAAAAAAUCGACGGAAAGAAGUUUUUCGGAUGAGCAGGGUAGUGCGGAACGAUCGGAGAGUGAGAGUAAAACAAGAUACGAAGAUGAUUAUGCCCCUCGCAUCGGCACGUCAUCAGUGCUCCGCACCCGUAACCUGGAGGAUUUCGGAGCCCAAAGCUCUUUGCGCGUCAAAAGAGUCGGAAGGCUCACCGGCACCUUUUUGAAUGGACCGGCGCGGCGCGGCGUUUUGCGACGCCAAAGUGAAGAGAACGACGAGUUGCAGAGCUAUCUCCCCGAGCACGGAGUGAAGGACUCAGACCUCUACCCGACCGACAACGGUGAUGAAUACAACUACAACUACAAGACUACAGCGAGAGCAUCCUCCCCUAAAGUAUCCUGGGCAGACCCCAGCCCGCCGCAGAGGGAAGAUGACCACCGACCGGAACCGAUCAGCACGUCGUCUGGAAAUGUGGCCUCCAGAUCCUCGUCGCCCAAGUCAUAUGGAUCAUAUUCCAAGACAACUCCCGGAUCAUCUUCGGAGAUGUCAUCCAAGCCCCCGAGCGGGAAGGAACAGCAGCCGCAACAACAUCAGCCAGUUUUCAAGGUUCCCCCGCCGCCCACACUGCCUGCUGCCCGAGACCAGGAAAACGAUCCACCACCAACAUUCAAGCGCGUGAAACCUCAAGGGUUCGAUAUGCUCGAUAAGCCCGAGAAACUCUCCGUUGUUCACGGAGAAGAAAAGAAAGAAAAUAUAGACCCUCCGGCGGGAAAUUCGCCGCGAAAGAUUCUGGCCACCAGGAGCAGCAACACGCCGCAUAGACCGGCACCACCUCCUCCCAAGAUGUCGGUCCUCGAGACGGCUACAGCCGGAGGCGCGGCCACGGCUUCUCAUUCUCGCAGGAAGCGCAAUCAAGUGUCAGUAAACCACAAGCCAUUUACGCGGCUGGACUGCAUUGGCCGUGGUGGAAGUUCGCGUGUGUACCGUGUCAUGGCAGAGAACUACAAGAUCUUUGCGCUAAAGAGAGUCAACCUUGAGGACGUGGAUCCAGUGACCUUGACUGGCUACAAGGGCGAGAUUGACCUAUUGAAGAAGUUGGAAAACCUCGACCGAGUGGUUCGCCUGUUCGAUUGGGAACUGAACUCGGAUAAGCAUACGCUCAGUGUUCUCAUGGAGAUUGGCGAAUCAGAUUUGGAGAAGAUCCUUACAUAUCGUCUGAACGCAGAAGAUGCCGUGUUCGACACCAAUUUCACUCGAUACUACUGGAAAGAAAUGCUCGAGUGCGUCCAGGCAGUACACAACCACAACAUCGUCCAUUCAGAUCUCAAACCUGCCAACUUCUUGCUAGUUCAGGGCAGACUCAAAUUGAUCGACUUUGGAAUCGCGAAUGCCAUUCAGGAUAACACAGUCAAUGUGCACCGCGAACAGCAGGUGGGAACUCCCAAUUACAUGUCACCAGAAGCCUUGAUCGACUCGAAUGCAUCUCUCGGUUUGCCAGCUAGUGUGGGCAAGGUGAUGAAGCUUGGAAAACCCAGUGACGUGUGGAGUUUGGGCUGUAUACUUUACAAGAUGGUGUACGGCCAACCCCCAUUCGCCAAAAUCGCCAAAUACUACGAGCGCAUCCUUGCGAUCCCUAAUCCUCACGUGAAAAUCGAUUUCCCGUCGUACGGCGUUGGGGGAGUGUUAGUUCCCCCAGGGUUGAUUCGAACGCUAAAGCGUUGUUUACAAAGGGACCAGACACUGCGACCAACUGUGGAAGAGCUCCUCAGCCAAAGGGACCCGUUCCUGUAUCCCGAUUCACAGCUUGAGGGAACUGUCCCGAUCACCCAAGAAAUGCUGAACCGAAUUUUGGUCAACGUCGUGAACCACUGUCGUGUUCGGGGUGUACCUAAAGACGAAGAUUUGGCUGCAUGGCCCGCUGGGUUCUUUGCUAAAAUCAAAGCGGCCAUGGAAGAAGACGCCUGA